GUGUACCGUAAAAACGAAGUAAAAUGAACGAUAAAACAUUUGUACGGUUCACUGUUUAUAAACAAAAACAGAUGUUCAGUUAAAAAAAAAAAGAAAUUGGUUGCUAGAAAUGAUCAUAAAACUUAAAUACAUUUUCGUGUAUCUUUUGUUCAUGUUUUUGUUUUCCAUAUUUUUGUUUUGUUACGGGUUUUUCCCUUUCUCAUAUAGCACCUCAGCGAAAUCGAGUCUACUUGAUUUACCUAGUUCACUAGAUAACGCCAGACUGAACAAUGGCUCAUACAAAUCGAGACAUUCUAGAAUUAUUUUAAUGGUUAUCGACGCAAUGCGUUGCGAUUUUGUUACGGAGAAAACAAUGCCAUUUUUGCACAGUUUAAUUGCCACUGGAGCCGCAUGCCAAUACCGAUUACAGGUUCAUCCCCCAACCGUAACUAUGCCAAGGAUUAAAGCUAUGACAUCGGGUUCUAUUCCAAGUUUUUUGGAUGUGAUUCUUAAUCUGGGUAGCGCAAAGACAGAAUUAGAUACGUUCUUGUAUCAGAUGAUUCAGCAGCAUCAGCGUAUUGUUUUUUAUGGGGAUAAUACCUGGACCAACAUGUUUCCCGAUAUAUUUUACAGAAAGAGGGAAAAUGUUGAUUCGUUAUAUGUUAACGAUUUUUAUAAGGGAGACGAAAAUAUAACGAACAGUAUGCGAUUGGAGCUUCUCAAUUUUGAUUGGGAACUGAUGAUCCUCCACUACCUUGGAUUAGAUCACAUAGGUCAUGUGGAAGGACCCUUCAGUGGAAAAAUUCCAUCGAAAUUAAAAGAAAUGGAUAACGUGAUCUCAGAGAUUGUUGAGUCUAUGAAUAGAUGGGAUAAAAGAAAUCAAACCGCACCAUUAUUGCUUAUCACGGGUGAUCAUGGAAUGCGCGAUUCAGGAGGGCACGGUGGUUCAACUUUUUCAGAAACAAAUGUUCCUUUGCUAGUGAUAGGAAACAAUUGCACUCGGAGUGAUGAUCUCUUCAUGCAAAUUGAUAUAGCCCCAACUUUAGCUACUCUACUAGGAGUUGCCAUUCCAUAUUCUUCAAUUGGUUCACUCAUUGUGCCGGUUCUGGAUGACAUUCCACCAAUAGAUAAAGUAUAUGCUGCCUUUUACAACACCAAAAGACUGGUUGAAAAGGCUCAAAUUCUCUCUAACGAUAAUGUGAAGAAACAAGAUUUUUUCCUGCAGUAUAAAGAAGCUAAACUAUUACAUACAAUAUUCUUAGAGCAUGAAGACGAUUUGACAAUACUCAACAAAGCAAUAAACAAGUAUAGCACCAUAAGUCGAAAUUUGUCAGCGCUUCUAAUUAAAAACUAUAUCAGAUAUGAUGAAUUCAGUAUGCUUCUUGGUAUCUGUUUGGGAGUUUUGACAUCAACGUUGUCUAUCCUUUUAGUAUUUUUACCGCAGAAUAUAAGUGAAAUUAAAAUUCAGCUCAACUUAGUACCUAUAGUAGCAGUUUUAGCAACUUUGUCAUUCACCAAAUAUUUCAUAUUUAAGCUAGAUUUGAUAGGUCUAGCAAUUCUACAAAACUUUUAUUCAUAUCAUUCACUUCUUGUAUGUAUAUUUUGCUGUUUAUACAUAUACUGGAGUGUUUUCAAAAGCAUAAUAUCCUUUAUUAAAAAAAACCGCGUGCAAUGCCACCAAGCAACACCACCGAUAAGUUGCCUAGUAUUGGGGUUCUCAUUCCAUGCAAUUUCUUCGUGCAGCAGUUCAUUUAUUGAAGAAGAGCACCUUAUUUGGUACUAUUUUUGCAGUACUUUAUUUUUACUGAUGACGAUACUUGAGCUUAAAAAAUUAAACCGGGUCAUUGAGAAGCUUAAACUAUCCAGGAGAGCUAACGAAGGAUUUUUAAACAACUUUCUGUGGGAGCGACAUCUGUUUUGUAUAAAAUCAGUACUAUUUCUUUGUGGCCAUAUACUACUCCGUCGUUUAAAUCAAACUGGUGACAAAUGGCAGCACCUAGCGGAUAUUGGCGACUGGCUCAAUAAAGAUGAGCAUAAAAGUCCGCUUAGUGUGGUACUUGUUUUCGCACUUUGUUCCACCGUUUAUGCUAUUGGGCGAUUUGCUGGAGUUUUGACGACAAUUUUAAGUGCAACGGCAUGUUUUCUAGUUUAUUAUUAUAGGCUAAUGGCAGGAUUGGUGGCGUUUUUUGGAAUAAUUCCGACUAAGACUAACAAUUGUCUAACAAUAUUUUGGAUUAAUCUGGUCGAAAUUUUUGCAAUAUCGUUAUUACCUAAGCUUUAUAAUGCUAUUAUCAAAACAAAAAAAGAUUCUAGCAGCAUACUAGUUAGUGUAAUUACUAUCACCGCUCUAUUAUCAACGCUUCUACACAAACCACAUAAUGUAAUUCUGGUUGCCGCGUUACUGUCUUCAAGUCGCUACUUGGUUACAAGAAUCGACAAUGUUUCAGAGAGCAAAUUGGAGAGUUUAUUGCUGAAAAUUGGUUCUCAUAUUUGGCUGGGGAAGCUGUUCUAUUUUUAUCAGGGUAAUUCAAAUAAUCUCGCAACUAUUGAUUUGAACGCUGGAUAUGUGGGACUAAGCAGUUUCAGUUUUUGGCGGGUUGGAUUGCUUUUACUGCUCAAUACAUACCACGGGCAAAUUUUAAGUUUCUUGAUGUUAUUAUAUCAUCUUGAAAAUGGACACCGGCAUAAAUUUGCCAACAAACUCAUUCAAGAUGAACAGAGAAAACAGACGAUAAGUAACUGGUUCUUGAAGCUGUAUAGUAUUGCAAAUAUAAUCCCAUUGACCUUUUACGUAAUCGUUGUAGCGUUUAUGCGCAACCAUAUCUUUGUGUGGACUGUCUUCUCGCCAAAAUUAAUUUACGAAUGUGUUCAUAUAACCCUAACAAUGAUUGAAAUGCUAGUUGCAAUUUUUUUCUUAAAAUGACAAUAUCGGUUGAAUUGAAAACACUCCAAAAUUGAUUUAGUUUGGUUUAUUCAAAUUAGAUUGCUUGCUUGAAGUGCAUAAUAUACGUCGUCGGAACUGAUGUUUAGUAAAAUUUUCUGAUAAAUAUCAUUUCGAGAACUUUCACAAAUUAGCAACCGAGAAGUUCCUAAACGGCUGCAAAUGGAUAUCGCCCUUCCGGGAUUAGGUACUGUUAUA